AAAAAAAAAAAACAAAAAAAAAAAACAAAAUUAAGAAGAAAAAAAAAAUGGCAUUGCGUGCGAGAGAAUUGGGAAGAAAGCAGCAAGAGCUUUUGCCAAUAAGAAUAUAUAAAAAAUCUGACAUUGACAUUCAAAACUAUGAGUAACAUAAAAAUCACAAAUAUGUUAAGUGAUUAAGAAACGUGAAGGAAGUGAUUAAUUUUAUUACCUUUCAAUCAUUAAAAAAAAAAAACAUAAACAAAAACACUAUAAUGCAAUGACAAUUUAUCGGAAAAGACUUAACGAUCAUUCGUUUAAAUCGAGGAAGAGAGGGGUCUUAGGAGAACGAGUUGUUCGAGAAGUUUGAAGGAGUUCUCCACACACACACAGUUUAAAUAGGCUAAACUACAAGACCCACAUUUCACGUAUACGAAAAAAAAAAAAAAGAAAAAAACCAAAAACACGCUACGAAAUCAUGUCGAUAUCGCGUUUACACACCAAAAAAGACAGCAAUAAAACAUACACCCAGCUAAGGACAGUCUCUAAAAGCCCAGUUGACAAAAUUAAAUAAAAUAAAAUCAAAAUACAAAUCGCAGGAUUUCCACAAAAAAAAAAAAAAAAAAAAAUGCACAAUGCACCACAAAAAAGAUCAAAUGUCAGAUUUUAAAUGCCAAUCAUCAGAAUUUUGCCAUUAGCAUAAACUGAUACAUCUUUUAGUUUGUAUGGAAAGCGAUAUAGUAGAUUAUUAUCAAACUAUAAUUAUCAAUUGGAGCUAAAGAAAAGAAGUAUACAGAUAUAAUUAACUUAAAUCAAGUUUACCUUUUGCAAUCAUGAAAAUAAAUCCAUAUUCCAAGUAAAAAAAGUUAUAAUCCUUAAAACUGGACGAUUACCAUACAUAUCUUGUGCCAUUUGCCGGAGGUAACGUUGCUGCAUAUUCCGGUGACCGCAACUCAGAUCAUCAUCUAUUGCAUCAGCAACCUCAAAAUAAUCACCAUCAUCAUCAUCAUCCACACCAACAACAACAACAACAACAACAAAAUCCAAAUACUGAAUUAGGUAGCGCUUUGGAGGAGCAGCAGCGCGAUACUGUGCAUUACAACAACAAGACUCACUUUCAACUGCAAGAACAACAUCAUUCACAGCAGUCACAACAACAUCAACAACAGCAACACUAUCAACAACAACAACAACAACAACAUCAUUUAGAACAACAACAACAUUUUGAUAGUACAGGAGGUAAUAACAAUAAUCCACCGGAAUACAAAUACGAGCCGACCGGAGGCAAAUCAUCACAAAUAUCAGCCAUACCGCCCGCUGCAAUAUUAUCUCAUAUUCAGCAGCAACCUAUAACAUCCACAGCAACAGCAGCAACAACUAAUUCAAGUGAGCAAAUUUUGGGUAAUCACUCUAAAGUGGAUCAGUGGCUGUUGAAUCAGUUCAAAAUAGCAACUGAAGCUGCACUUGAUUUACGAUCCACACCACUUUUGUCACAAUUGCAACAUCACCAACAUCAUCAGCAACUCCAUCAGCAUCAUCCGCAGCAACACCAUUUAGAACAGCAACAACAUCGCUCUCUAGACGUAGCAGCCGAGCACUUGGCUAAACUACCACCGCAUUCUCAACAAAAAAAUUCCAAUAACCUUUCCGCUGGCCCCGCAGCAAUUGGCGCUGUCGAUACUCAAAUGACUACAGAGGUUCAGCUUCAGCAUCAAACCAAUAACCGUUCACUAUUCAAAAUGGAAACGGACUUUUGGCAACAAUCGCGUGGCCCGCCAAUUGGACUCACAUCCGUCACCCACCACCAUCCACAUCUCCAGCACCAACAUCACCAACAACACACACAUCACCAAAGUCAUCAAUCCAUGUCGAUAUUCAAUUCAAUUGGUGCAAAUGCUGCCACCGGUACCAGCAACAGCGGCGGAGCCCCUCCUAAUAACUUGCCGCCCUCCCAAUCCGAUACCAUCGAUGUGAAUAGUGGCGCUGAAGCUGUUACCGCAUCGGAAAAUGCCACCUCAGCGAUAUCGCGAUCUGGCGAUGCAAAUUGUGGUAAUCCACGAAGUCCCCCGCAAAACCCACCUAGCUCCUCCGACCAGAACAAUCACCAAUCGGCCAAUAGCCCAACGCCGGCCUCUGCACAUCUGCACCACCAGCUGCAGCAGCAAAUCCACCAUCAUAUGCAGCAACAGCAGCAAGCUGAAGCCAACCAAAACGAACCGCUGCCGCUACCGCUACCACUACCGCUCCCAAACGGAGCGGACACGGGAGUUUCUGGAGCCAGUAAUCUCACCACACCGAUCCCCAUCGGUCAUCACAUGACUCCAAACAACUUGCAACAAAUGCAACAACUUCACCAGCAGCAAAGUCUCAUGCAACAACAAACUCAACACCCUCAACCACAUCAGCCGCAACAGCAACAGCAGCAGCAACAACACAGUCCACAAUUGAAUCUGUCACAGCAACAGGCGGCGAUUGCAGCAGCAUCCUUAUCACAUCCACCACAAGCACUUACCCCAUCUGGGGGUAGCUCAACUCCCGAUAUCAAGUUCAACAGCGAGAAGUUAGUUAGUGAGAUCCAGCUACAGUUAUCGAGAUCGAAUAGUGCAGCAGCAAUAAGUGAACGCACCCUAGAAGAAUGCUGGUCAACCCUGCAACGAGUGAGUUGGCAUCUCUUCCGUUGUCUCUUCAUGCACAAGAGCGCAAUGCAACAAAUUCAGCAAAUACCACGUGUUGGUUUGGGUCCUGGCGGAAUGGGUGCUGAGUCAAAACCACAUCAAUGCCAACAGUGUCUCAAGUCAUUUUCAAGCAAUCAUCAAUUGGUGCAGCAUAUACGAGUACAUACUGGUGAAAAACCUUACAAGUGUUCCUACUGUGAUCGGCGAUUUAAACAAUUGUCACAUGUACAACAGCACACGCGAUUACACACGGGUGAACGACCCUACAAGUGCCAUUUACCUGAUUGUGGGAGGGCAUUCAUACAAUUAUCAAACCUUCAGCAACAUUUACGAAAUCACGACGCUCAAGUGGAGCGGGCAAAAAAUCGUCCAUUUCAUUGCAAUAUUUGUGGUAAAGGCUUCGCGACGGAAUCAAGUUUGCGGACACACACUUCUAAGGAGCUACAGCUGCAUCUUGGUGUCUUGCAGCAGCAUGCGGCACUCAUUGGCGGACCAAAUGCAACCUCAUGCCCUAUUUGCCAUAAAUUGUUUUUGGGUGGCGAAGCUCUAAUGGAGCAUAUGAAACAUGCACACAAGGACCCAAACGCAUCCGGUGUAGCUAUUUCUCCCGAUUUUCAAUUCAAAAAUGAACUCAUCAAUCCAUCAAACUCAUCACCACCACCUUCACAACAACAACAACAACAAAACCAAAAUCAACUUCCAUCACACCAAACAACAACAACAAAUGCGAAAACAUGCUCUUUUUCUGUUAAAAAAACAUAUCCGUUUGCUGAGAAUCUUGGUAGCGCUUGUUUACAAUCCACCGACCCCUAUUUAGCGAAACGUAGAACAGCAAAUCAUCCAUGUCCGGUAUGUGGUAAGCAUUACGUGAAUGAAGGCUCGUUGCGGAAGCACCUGGCAUGUCAUCCAGAAACGUCACAACUCACUACCAGCCUAAGAAUGUGGCCGUGUUCUGUAUGUCAAGCAGUUUUCACCCACGAAAAUGGUCUUUUAACGCACAUGGAACAUAUGAGAAUGGAUCCGAAGCAUCAAUUCGCCGCACAGUAUGUUCUAUCGAGAGCAGCCGCCGAACGUCGGGAACGAGAUUCAAUUCUAGCAGCUACAUUAGCUGUGUCGGCUUCCGGUUCAGGGCUUCUGCCUAUGGGCGGACCGGGAAGUGGUGACGGUGGAGGAGGUGGCUCAAAUUCAAUGUGUCCCUCUCCAUCAGCUAAUUCAGAGUGCUCUUCCAAUGGAAGGCUUUCGUCCGCUGGAUCCGAUCCUGGAUCUGGUCUCCUCCACAACAACAACAAUAACAAUUGCAGUAGCAAGCUGAGUGAUAUUCUGAGAUCGAGUCAUACAACUCAUAUGCACUCGCAGUACGGCGUCGACGACUUGCACGCCAACCGAAUGUCAUUAAUGGCCGCUGCAGCUGCCGGAAUCGUUUCACAGUCACAAAGCGGUAACGGUGGAGUGCCUAGUGGCAUGGUCUCUCCGGUUGAUACGACAAGUGCUGGAGCGGCAGUCCAGGCGGCCGUGGUUAAUUUAGCGGCUGCUAUGCGUAUGAAUCAACAAGUAAAUAGUGUGGGUUCAGUAACGGGCAGCGUUGGAGUGCCAGGUACAGGCAACGGAAGCCUUGGUCCGACCGGUCAAUCAGGUACAGGCAACGGCCCUGUGAUAUCAUCCUCCCCUUCGGCAUUGAGUAAUGUCGAUACGGCCGCAACAGCUGUGGCGGCAAUGAAUGCAAUGCGCGUUUCUAUGGCAGCAGAUUCAAUGAUGCGUUCAAGCAUGGGCGUGGAUCCGAUCUCGCACCAAAGUGCUCAUCACCACCAACAUCACCACCAGCAUCAUCAGCAGAACUCUCCCGAAGCAGCCUUACGAAUGCAACAAGCCGAAGCAAUAUUACGUUCACAGGCCGAAGCCGCUAUUCGGCUAGCAGUCUCAGUAGCAGCGUCCAGCAAUAAUGGCAGCGUUAAUAAUGAUCUCGCGUCUAAUGUCCGCCUAAACAACGGACCGGGUCCAGCUUUUGGUGGAUCAACGACCGUGCCUCCAAUUCCUCAAAACAACAAUGCCGCAAACAACAAUCUCCUCAGUAAUUCCACAAACAACAGUACGGGAAACACGCAAUCACAACAGCAACAGCAGCAGCAGCAGCAACAUCCACCUGAGACACACACGCCUGCCAGCGGCAGUACUAUCGGUCAGCAACAACCUCAAGCACAACAAUCAACGCAUCAGCAACCUCAGCAACAGCAGCAACACCAACAACAACAGCAACAGCAACAACAACAGCAACAACAACAAACACAACAACAGUCACAAGUAAGUCCGGAUCUAAGUGAAGCUAUUCGCCUACAAGAACACAGGCUAGAACAAGCCUUGCGUUUGCAUAAUGAUGCUAGAGCCUUAAAUUUUCUGACGGGAGCCGGUUCAAAUGGAGUAGCUGUUCCCGCACCACCUUCAGUCAAUCAGCAGCACCAACAACAUCAGCAACAACAGCAACAACAACAGCAACAGCAACAGCAACAACAACAGCAGCAACAGCAGCAGCAACAACAACAACAUAACAGCAAUCCGUGAGAGUUUAGUUUUUUCUGAGCGUUCGAAGAAAGCAGUGCUGGGCCACAGUUCGAAAAUCAACAACAAACAUCUAAUCAAUAGUCGCUCACGUUCAGAAAAUGUGUCAUUCUAAAGUUUGAACUUUCUAGACUUGACAUCAAUAUGUAAAUAGCAAAAACAACACAAAAAAAAAAGGUAUGUUAAAAUGGCAGAGAAAAUAUAUUAUAAAUAUAAAACAAUAUACAAAUAUAUAUAUAUAUAAAAAUUGUAAAUAGAAAAAAAGCAAUGAAGAUGCAGAUAUUGGCUCAAAAGUUGUAAAAAAAAAAAAUCAGUUGUAAUAAAUGGUAAUAAGAGGUUGGGUUUACACACAGUGGAGAAUUGACUCUUUUUUGAUAUCUCAUACGACUUAUUAUAAGUUUUUUUUUAGUAAAUUGAUUUAUUUUUUAAAUUUGUUAGUUUUG